ACCCGUAGGCGUGUCCCCGCAGUGCCAGGUUCGCUCGGAAAACGCAGACGUGGCUCAGGGUCAUGUCUCAUGACUCUGUAGCAGUCCACACCGAUCCGGAAUCCCAGACGACCACAGAGGUCGAGUUGGAGAAUUUGGUAAGAAAGGCUCGGAGCUCCAACUUGGAGGAGAAGCUUUCAGCUGUCCAGGCCAUCGGGAAGCUCCUGUCCACAGUGGAGGAUCAUCCCACUGAUGCAAUCAGCAGGACUGGGGUAGUACCUGUGCUGGUCAGUUGUCUGCAGAGCUCCAGUCAUUCGCUACUAUUGCAGGUUCUCAGUACCUUGCAAGUUCUUACAUUUGAACAGAGUUUGAUGGUUGUGAGAUAUGGAGCUCUCCCACUUCUUGUGCAACUGUUCAAUUCAAAAGACCCUCUUGUCUGUGAGCAGGCUCUGUGUGUCCUAGACAACAUAUGCCAUGAUAAUGAGUGCUUUGAUGAUAUCAAUGUCGAUGGGUUCAUUGAGCGUCUCCUCUUCUUUGUGAAUGACAGGACACCAACUUCCCUCCUCAGAGGUGUAUCAAGGACACUGUCUCACUUGUGUUCCAUUAAAAGCAGUUUUGAGAGCAUUUGCAAGUCUAUCCAGAGAAUAUUGCCAGCUCUAGUGUCUUUGGUUCAGAAGGAAGACAUUGAUGUGAAGGCUAAGGCAAGCUGGGCUCUGUCCUACCUGGCAGCAAAUCAAAUCCAG